AUGAAUCUAGACAGAAAGGUGGAUGAAGUGGCAAUAUACAUCACUGGAGUGAAAUUGAAGAGGAACAGACAGGUACAGGAGAGCCUACACACAAAAAUGUUUUGGCAAGGAGAAGCAGUUCAACUGAGGCAACAACUUCAAUAUUUGCAACAAAGCCACAGGCAGCUGUUGGGAGAAGAACUUUUUGGUUUGAAUGUCAAUGAGCUCCAGAAUCUGGAAACUCAGCUGGAAACGAGUCUAAAAGGUGUCAGAAUAAAGAAGGAACAAGGUUUAACAAAUGAAGUAAAAGAAUUACACCACAAGGGGAGUCUUGUUGCUCAUGAAAAUAAAGAAUUGCACAAGAAACUAAACCUCCUGAUUCAAGAACAUGCAGAACUGAAGGAGAAGAUGAUCUUCACCUCUCAGGCUUAUCAGUUGCAUUGCAAUAAUAAUGAGUUACAUGCACACAUAAGUCUCCAGCUAAGCCAACCACAGCCACAGAAGAACUACUUGCCAACAGAAACCAUGAAACUAGGGUUACAGUUGAACUCCAAAACAUGUUAA